AUGUCAAACAUUGGGCUCCAAGUGCGCCAGGCAGUUCCAUCUAUUGAUCCUGUUGUUGCUGACUACGCUGUCGGUUACAUCAACAACAUCCACCAGGCUACAGAGGACUCUGUGUUUGCACAGCAGUUAGACGUUGAAGAGGAGGUUGGUUUCAUAUCGGACUUGUUGAAGAACGCUGGCGGCGAUGCUGCGAAAGUUGAUAAGCUGGCACAGUCUGUGUCUGCAAAGCUCCUGGAGGAGCUGAAGUCGAACCAGGCCAAGUUGGAGCUGACCGGUGAUACUUCAAAGAGGCUGCUGGACGUGAACCUCUUGAAGAACCACGCUUCCAAGAGGAACAUCAACACCAGUCUUGCACUGCUAGGUGUCUCUAGAGACAUCGAGCAUGCCGGAAGACACGUCGAAUCUAAGGUUGAUAAGAAGAAGUUGGAGAAAGCUGAGAAGAAGAUUGCAGCCAAGGUGGCUAAACGUGCAAACAAGUUUGUCAAAUAUGAAGCCUCCAAGUUGCUCAAUGCCAGUGAAGACGCCAACUAUGAUGAGUUCUUCUUGAAGAUUAAUCCGAUUGAGUUUGGAUCCGGUGCUGGUAAAUCUAAGGAUAUCAAGAUUGACACUUUUGAUCUGUACAUUGGUGACGGUCAGAGAAUAUUGAGCGAUGCCUCCCUAUCGUUGAGUUAUGGACAUAGAUAUGGUCUUGUCGGUAGAAACGGUAUAGGUAAAUCCACGCUGCUGAGAGCACUGUCCAGAAGAGAGCUGAACGUUCCAAAGCACAUCACUAUUCUGCACGUUGAACAGGAAAUCACCGGAUCUGAAAUAAGUGCCAUUCAAAGUGUGUUGGAUGCGGACGUUUGGAGAAAACAGUUGUUGUCAGAGGAGAAGAAACACCAAGAUAGAAUCCAAGAAAUUGAGGAGUUGAAGAAGGAGUUCGACGAAGAGAGUUUGGAAGUGAAGAAGUUGGAUAACGAACGUGAUGAUUUGGAGACGCAUCUCCAAGAGAUUGAAGAGAAAUUGGUUGAAAUGGAAUCCGACAAGGCGGAGGCAAGAGCAGCUUCCAUCCUCUUUGGUUUGGGUUUUACAAAGGAGUCACAACAGAAACCAACCAACUCCUUCUCUGGUGGUUGGAGAAUGAGAUUGUCAUUAGCAAGAGCACUUUUCUGUAAACCUGAUCUGUUGUUAUUGGAUGAACCUUCCAAUAUGUUGGAUGUUCCAUCCAUCACAUUUUUGGCAAACUACUUACAGACUUACCCAGCUACUGUCUUGGUGGUUUCGCACGAUCGUGCCUUCCUGAAUGAAGUUGCCACUGACAUCAUUCAUCAACACUCUGAGAGACUGGAUUACUACAGAGGUCAAGACUUCGACAAUUUCUACAACACAAGAGAAGAGAGACGCAAGAAUGAGAUGCGUGAAUAUGAGAACCAAAUGGCUUACAGACAGCAUCUGCAAACCUUUAUCGAUAAGUACAGAUACAAUGCUGCCAAGUCGUCUGAAGCACAAUCGAGAAUCAAGAAGUUGGAGAAAUUACCUGUGUUACAGCCUCCAGAGGAGGAUAAGGUGAUCACUUGCAAGUUCCCAGACCCAGAUGUAUUAUCACCACCAAUCAUCAGACUGCAAGAAGUUUCAUUUGGCUAUACCCCUGAGGAUUUGCUGUUACAGAACGUUGAUCUUGACAUCCAAAUGGAUUCACGUAUCGCACUUGUCGGUGCCAACGGUUGUGGUAAGACCACACUCUUGAAGGUUUUGAUGGAGAAGCUAAGACCUCUGAAGGGAUACGUUACCAAGAACCCUCGUUUGAGAAUUGGUUACUUUGCUCAGCACCACGUUGACUCCAUGGAUCUGACCACAUCUGCUGUUGACUGGAUGUCAAAGGCCUUCCCAGGAAAGACAGAUGAAGAGUAUAGAAGACACCUGGGCUCGUUCGGUAUCACUGGUACGCUGGGUCUCCAGAAGAUGCAACUGCUCUCUGGUGGUCAGAAGUCCCGUGUUGCCUUUGCCUCGCUGUGUCUCAACAACCCACACAUCCUCAUCAUGGAUGAGCCUUCGAAUCACUUGGAUACUGCGGGUCUGGAUGCCCUUAGCGAUGCACUCAAGAACUUCAAGGGUGGUGUCUUGAUGGUUUCCCAUGAUGUUUCCGUGAUUGACAGUGUAUGCAACGAGAUCUGGGUGAGUGAGGGUGGAACCGUGAAGAAGUUCGACGGAACCAUCUACGACUAUAAGAAGUACAUCCUCGCAGCUGCCGAUGCCUCUGGAGUGGUCAAGAAGCACUGA